ACUGAGAUGACGCGAUGUGCUCUUCAGGUAUAAGACCUUGAACUUGUCAGUGAAAAUUGAUUCUCCAGCCUACGCUGUCCUUUCGUUCUUUUCAACAAGCUUCCCGGUCCUUCCCUUGUUCUUUUAGUCCCUCUUUUUUCUUCAUCAACUCAACGCAAUGAGGUUCUCAUCUUUCAUCCCGCUCGGCCUCUCGGCCCUCGCUCUGGCAGCACCUACACCUACCAUCAAGAAGAAUGGCAUCUUCGCCCGUCAAAACGGAACCGGCUCAACAAACAGCAGUGGCAGCCCCAUCGGAUAUGCCAGCGAGAAUGGAGGAACAACUGGUGGAGCUGGCGGCUCCGCUGUCUCUGUUUCCACACUCGCGGAGCUGCAAGCAGCUGUGAAGGGUGACGAGGCCGCUGUCAUCACCAUUGCUUCCAGCAUCAAGGGCAGCGGAGACAACGUGAAGAUCGGCUCUAACAAGUCCAUUCUUGGCAAGGAUAGCUCCGUUGUUCUCGAAAACUUUACCCUCACUGUCAAAGGAGCGAAGAACGUCAUCAUCCGUAACCUCGCCAUCCAGAAGGUUGUCGGCGGCGACGCCAUCGCUGUCCAGAAGUCCACGAACGUAUGGCUUGAUCACCUCGACGUCUCUUCCGACCGCGACCACGACAAGGACUACUACGACGGUCUCAUUGACCUGACCCACGCCGCCGACUUCGUAACCGUCUCCAACUCGAAGAUCCACGACCACUGGAAGGCCUCGCUCGUUGGUCACUCCGACAGCAACUCCGCUGAGGACACCGGCCAUCUCCGCGUCACCUAUCACAACAACCACUGGGAGAACAUCAACUCUCGCGGCCCGUCGCUCCGCUUCGGAACCGGCCACUUCUUCAACAACUACUACAACGCUGUCUCUGAUGGCAUCAACGCGCGUCUCGGCGCCCAGGUCCUCGUCGAGAACAACGUCUGGGUCGACAGCAAGAAGCCUCUCUACAGCGUCGACAACGAUGCCGGCGCCGUCGCUAGCGGCAACGACUUCGGUGGCGCGGGCAACACCGCUCCCGCUGGUACCCUCAAGUCUGUUCCUUACAAGUACGACCUCAUUGAGGCUUCUGCGGUAAAGGCUGCCGUUGUCGGCACCGCUGGUAACACGCUCACUUUCUAGAUGAAGUAUGUGUAUAUGGGAAGGGAUGAAACCUUGCUGAUGAACAGGGGAAGAAACGGGAAGGAUUGGAGCUUGUCUGUAUAUAU